AUGACGAGUCCCUACCAGAGCAUCCAUCACUACAGUGACGUCAUGAUCCCCUGGCAGACGGUCAUGCCCAGUGCCUACAGCUCGGUGAACCCAAGCAUGAUGCUCUUUGGUUCCAACAACACCUUGUGGGAAAGUCUCUACAACGUCUCUGCCGUGAGCAACCACACGAGACCAGACAAAGACUCGAAAACUUCGGUGCACGACAUCGAGUACGACGUGUCCAUCCGGAGGGCCAUCUUGUACGUGCAGAUCGUAGUGGGCAUACUUGGCGCCAUUCUCCUAUUUGGUUACAUGUUUCAUGCCAGGAGACUGUCUCGGGUCAAUGCUCUCAUUCUCAACCUGUGCGUGGCGGAUCUGCUGGUGAUCUGUUUUUCCUGCGUCACACAGUUGGUGUGGGAACAUCUGGACCGACGCUGGUUGGCAGGUGAUGUCAUGUGUCGUAUCAUCAAAAUGCUGCAGAUCUUCGCCAUCUGCUCCAGCACCAACAUGUUGGUGGUCAUCGCGGUGGACCGGCACCAGGCCAUCACCGCUCCACUUAGGAAACAGUUUUCGGUGCUGGGUAUGGUGUCUCUAGCCUGGGGUAUAGCCCUUCUCUGCUCCACCCCUCUACUGUACGUCUUCCACGUCAGGUACGAUGAGUCCAAGAACCAGACAGUCUGCGAGAACAUUUUCCGCUCUAAGCCCAUCUUCCAUCGCCAAGCCUUCCUGACGUACGCCACCCUGGUCAACUUUCUCAUCCCCCUGGUCAUCCUCAUCAUCUGCUACGUGAGGAUCUUCCUCAAGAUUGCCCGGAAAGCCUCCGACAGUCGAACCAACAAACGCCAGAGCUUCAAGCCAGGAAAGAUACAUCUGACCAGCAACACGACAUCGGCUACUCUACACAGCGCCAAGUACAAGACCUUGAAGAUGACUGUGGUUAUUGUGAGCUGCUUCAUCGUGUGCGGACUGCCAUACUUCUUUGCUGAAAUGAUCAUAUCCUAUGGCGACCAUACCAAACUCAGCAAAGGUGUAUACGCCCUUCUAGGUGGUAUCGCUGUGGCAAAUUCUGCGGUAAACCCGUACAUCUUUCUACUGUUUAGUAUCAAUCUACAAUAUGUGAAGAAUCUCAAGUUGUGUCCAGCUCGGACCACGGUCAACAGUCGACAGCUUAUUUACAACGGUAGUACGCGAUCUCGUGAGUAUUCCUCGGCCGCUUACUACCGAACCCCAGCCAGUGGCGUGUCCACCGACGCCUACGAGUUAACGAACACUGCCGAUGACAACAAAACCCCACGUUCAUCUGCCUACAACAAAGUCCGCUGGUCCGCCUCUACAAACCGUCGAUGA